UUUUUAGCAGCGGCCAUAUUGUUUCCAAUUUCUACAAAUGCAUCAAUUUUAUCGAGGGUUUUGUGCAAAGAUUUCAGCAUGUCAGGGUCGUACAGUUCCCGAUUUACUCCGUCUACGGGAAUGACAUGUAAAGAACUGUCAGAAAAUGAUGACUUAGCAACAAGUUUAGUUCUGGACCCAUAUUUAGGGUUCCAAACCCACAAGAUGAAUCUGAGACACCGUCCAUUAAAAAGUAAGAAAGAACUGAAGGGUGUGGUAGAAGAUUUUAUAAAGCAUCAGAAUUACGAGAAAAGUUACAGAGCCUUGAUUGGUGUCGAAUGUUGUAAAUCAUCGUACAUCAUCAAAUCAAAAUUUCAGCAAAAAACAUUUAAAGAACAUGUUUAUAGAUAUUUCCGUAUGUUUGAUGUCCAUGCCGGUUUUAAAUUAAUGCAGUGCAACAGAUACUCAUCUGAAGGUCAGAUCGGAGGAAAAAUCUGUUCAACCAAAGCUUGGAAAAGGAAUGAUAAGAUUCCUAUGUUGGUAGGAUGUAUUGCAGAAUUAACACCAGCAGAGGAAGCUUCAUAUCUUAAACCUGGGAAAAAUGAUUUUAGUGUGAUGUUUUCCUGCCGUAAAAACUGUGCCCAGCUUUGGUUAGGUCCAGCAGCCUUUAUAAAUCAUGAUUGUAGACCUAAUUGUAAGUUUGUAUCAACUGGUCGAGACACGGCUUGUGUUAAAGCAUUAAGAGAUAUUGAUGAAGGAGAAGAAAUAACUUGUCUUUAUGGUGAAGAUUUUUUUGGUGAUAAAAAUUCUUACUGUGAAUGUGAAACAUGUGAAAGACGACAGGUGGGAGCAUUUCAACCCCAGAAUAAACUUCAGCUGAUCACAGACCCAAGUGAAGAUAGGGGAUAUAAAUUACGUGAUACCGAUGAUCGUCUUAACAGAAUUAAAACUCAACCCGAAUUAAAACAACCAAAUAUUAACGGCUUUAUGUGUUCUGCUAAUGAAUCCUGGGACAGUCGAGCGAAAUAUUUGGAAACGGCAGCUCACCUAUUAAAGGCAGCUGAAUUAAAACGUAGAGGAAUCACAAGAUAUGAUGCAGAAAUCAUUCUAGCCCAGGGAUUGGAAUUACCUGAUCCGAAAGUCGUUCUGGAACGAGAACUUCCUUAUUCCAUAGAUGAAAAAACAAACACGUUUCAUUUGGGUAAAGUCCCCAGGGAUGAUGGAAACUCUUUUUCAUCUGGUUCAGAAGUACCUCCAGAAGAAAUACCAUCAACUGACGAUCCUCCGUAUAUAUCAAGAGAAGGUCUAGACAAAAAAUCUUUAUCAUCAAGCCAACUCAGGAAUCCACAAGUCUUUCAUAAAGUGACCAAUAAGCAGGGAAACAACGGUUAUAAAAAAAGGGGCAGAAAAAAGAAAAAUCGAGAACGAAAGGGUCAGAUGAAUGUCCUCGCAGCUUACAAUAAAAACAAAAUUGAGCGAUGCUCGUAUCUUGAUCCGUUUCCAGCAACGCCUAAAUUUUUAGCUAAAUCAAAAUUACGAAAAGAAUCUCCAAAGCCAGUCCGUUAUAGUCCUAGAUUCCGGAAAGGAAGUUAUUCAGAUGUUGGUGGUCCUGAAGAACUACUACCAGUAGCCAAAAAUUAUAAUUUAUCCAAAGAAUUUGACCAAGUGACUGAAAAAUCAUCCAAGUCAUCCUCCCCGCCUCAUUUGGAAACUGUUAGUGAUAUUCAUACGAGUCCUUUAAUUGAUGCUAAUCACAACUUCCAGGAUAUGCCCGUUCUUGAGGCUAACGUGACGCGAACUGACACCUCAAGCAGUCGUGAAAAGUUGCCGAAGUUAGACCUAGUGAAGCAGGUGGUGCCGAACGGCAAACAUAUGUUACAUACGGAACGAUACGAGUCCUACUGUGAUCACACAUCGCGAGCCAAAGUGCCAAAACUAACAAUUAAAAUCAGGAAAGAUCCUAUAAUACAACAGGAAAUAGCCAAUCGAAGUUUCCGGUCUCAGAGUGUUCAUUUUAAAUUUUGUGACGACAUCGAUGACUCAAAGUCGCCGUACAUAUCUUCAGCCAAGCAUUACAUCACAAAUAACAAUAAGACUGAAUUACCCAACAACAAAAUCAAAAAUGGCAAAUCAUCGUUUAUUAAAACUGGCAAGUUUUACUCGAUUGAACAUUCAAUGCCUAAUUUAUAUCCCAUAAACAAGUCACAUCCGGGUCCAACUAAGCUACGAAUUAAAUACGGGAGUGAUUCCAUCAGUAUACCUCUACCUCCUAAAAUAUUGUGAUAAACUUUGUCUUGAUAUUGACGUGACUCACAUGAUUAACUUAUUUCUAGAAAAUUCCUCAGGAUUUCCUCUUACUGACAUGAGAUGCGAGCAGUUUUAACCGGGGAAGGUUUAUCAAGAUUUUCUGGCAUGGUUUCCCCCUCGCUGACCGGAGGUCUGGGGUUCAAUCCGUUUUAGCCGAGAAACUUUAUCAUGAUUUUCUGGCAUGGUUUUCCCUCGCUGACAGAAGGUCCGGCGUUCAAUCCGUUUUAGCCGAGAAAGUUGAUCAAGAUUUUCUGGCAUGGUUUCCCCUCACUGACAGGAGGUCAGGGGUUCAAUCUGUUUUAGCUGAAAAACUUGAUCAUGAUUUUCAGUUGUUGUUAUGCCUAUGAAUAAUGAUGACACAACAUACUGGCAUGGACGUAAAAGAACCCUGGACUGUUGUGGACUGACUAGGCACACCUACCUUCCUUGUCAGUGGAGCCGGACAGAAGGCCUUACAAUGAACAGUGUCUAGUCGUAUGGAUGAGCCAAAAAAUCAGGUCCUAAAUACACAUUGGCUUGUACGUAAUAGAAGAAAGAACCAUGGACUGUUGUGAAUCGACUAGGCACACAUAACUUGUCAGUGGUACAGGACAGAGGGCCUUACAAUAAUCAGUGUCUAGUCAUUCGGAUAAGACAAGAAAUCAGGUCCUGUGUAGAUAUUGACAUAAAGAACCCUUGACUGUUGUGGAUCGACUAAGCACACUUACCUUGUUACCUCCACAGACACAAUCACAUACUAAACUUAGGCUGUCUGUCUACAGUUAGCUCCGUCUGAGAACAGACACUAAGCUAUUUGACCGACAUUUUAAGUCCUAAAUCAGCAAUUUUAGUCGAAAACAGUAAGCAUACUUCGAGAAUUUCGGAAAAUAUUGAUUCUGCUUCCAUUAAAUGAAAAUUGAAAAGGGUUUUUUUGGUCUUGGUGUGUUUGACAGAUGUAAAACGGAAUAAAACCGCAUUACAAAAUAGUAUUCCAAUUUUUUUAUAUGGCAGCCAUUCAGGUCAGAGAUAUAUUCUCGAAGUAUGUAGUAAUAUCUGUGUGCAGAAUGACAUAAUCACUGACAAAUCUUGUCCCAGAGAGCAUGACAAUAACAGUAUCUAGUCACUUAGAUGGUAAGGAAUCAUUUAUGUAAAAGAACUCGUCGACAGUUGGAAUUCGAAAUAAGGGGUAAGCUGUAGCGCCGCUGUUCAGGCAAAAUUACCCUCACAGCACACUGUAUGGCAAAUGCCUGUCUUCAUCAGCCCAGUCAGUGCAGAAAAGUAGGACGUUAAACCCUGUUUUAUUUAUUUCUAGUUAACUUCACCAGUGUAUAACGUAAUAAGGGAUGAUAUAGGUGGCACUGUUUAAUAAUACACAGUUCUAUAGAAUACAGUUUACUAUUUAUAACUAAGCAACAUUUCACUUACUGAGCAAUGUUGCAAUUACUGUUUAUAACUAAGAAAUGUUUGAAAUACUGUUUAUAACUAAGCAACGUUUGAAAUACUGUUUAAAACUGAGCAACAUUUCACUUACUAUUUAUAACUAAGCAAUGUUUCAAUUACUGGUUAUAACUAAGCAACGUUUCAAUUACUGAGCACUGUUGCAAUUACUAUUUAUAACUAAGCAACUUUUCAAUUACUGAUCAACAUUUCAAUUACUGUUUAUAACUAAGCAUCGUUUCAAUUACUUAGUAAGGUUGCAAUUACUAUAUAUAACUAAGCAACGUUUCAAUUACUGGGUAAAGUUGCAAGUACUGUUUAUAACUGAGCAAAAUUUAAUUACUGUUUAUAACUAAGCAACGUCAUUUAUAACUGAGCAACGUUUCAAUUACUGAGCACUGUUGCAAUUACUAUUUAUAACUAAGCAACUUUUCAAUUACUGAUCAACAUUUCAAUUACUGUUUAUAACUAAGCAUUGUUUCAAUUACUGAGUAAGGUUGCAAUUACUAUAUAUAACUAAGCAACGUUUCAAUUACUGGGUAAAGUUGCAAGUACUGUUUCUAACUUAGCAAAAUUUAAUUACUGUUUCUAACUAAGCAACGUCAUUUAUAACUGAGCAACGUUUCAAUUUCUGUUUAUAACUGAGCAACGUUUCAAUUACUGUUUAUAACUAAGCAACGCUUGAAAUACUGUUUAUGACUGAGCAACGUUUCAAUUACUAAGCAACAUUUCAAUUACUAUUUAUGACUAAGCAACGUUUCAAUUACUGAGUAACAUUACUGAGUAACGUUUCAAUUACUGUUUACUACUAAGCAACGUUUCAAUUACAAUUUAUAACUGAGCAACAAUUAGACCAAUCUUCUCUCUGGUCUUUAUCAAGCAAUCAUUUAGUAAACUUUAACACAUACUUAUUGAAAAUAUCUACUUAUUUCAAUAAAUAAAUAAGUAGAUAUUUUCCAUAAGUAUGUGUUUAUAGUUUAUUUAUCUACCCAGUUACUAAACGCUACUCAAAGAAAAAAAAACCAUUUAUUAAUUAAACUGGAAUACACACAGGUCACAAUAUCAUGGAAUACUGAGCAAUGUUGUUUGAUAAAAAGGGAGCCAUGGUGGCUAAGUGAGUAAGACGCUGGCUCGAUAAUCUGGAGUUUUCGUGUUCGAUCCCGGUUCCCCUUGUCAGUGAUGCAGGACGGAGGGCCUGGUAAGGACAGCUGUCUAGUCAUUUGGAUGGGACAAAAAAAACAAACAGAUCCUGUGUACACAUAGGCAUGAUCGUCUUCAAUAGUCAAUAUUCCAGUUGAAGCAGAACAGUAGAAUGUUAUACACCAUUUCAUUUCAAAUUAUUGUUGUAUAAAGGAUUAGUGAGGGUUAAUCCAAACGCUGCUUAUUUGGACCUGUGUAUGUCCGGGCCCCGAAUUCACAAAGCAUUCUCAGACUUAAGUUAAGAAUUUAGGCAACUUUCAAUCACUGUUUAUGAGAAAUAUCUUUGAUCCAGAAACACAAAACUUUACACAUAGUUUCUUUUUGAUGUAUUUGAUACAGUAAAACAACAAAAGUUUUAUAAAAGGCUAUAUUUUAGUUAAAUUAAGGUGAACAAUUUUGAGUAAAUUUGAGUAACUUAGUCUGAGAAUGCUUUGGGAACUCGGGGCCAGUUCAAUUGACCUUUUAAUGAAGUUAUUACACUAAGCCUUAGUUUAUCGAAAUUAAAUUGUGAAAGUCCAAGAAAGAUAAGUUAAUAAAAAAAAUCUAGGGUAUGACAGCAGUGUGUUUUAUUAUUUAGGGUAUUUUAGGGUAAAUAUAUUUGUUUACAAUUAGAGAAACUGAGAUUGAAGUCGUAAGGGGAAUGGGGAUUUGGAGGGCAUACAAUUAAAGAUUUUUUUUUUCAAGUGAAGUUUCUGUAUGUACACGUACAUGUAUAGUUUAAAGGAAGAAUACUUGAAAAAAAUGAAAUUAUAUUUGAUUAAUUUAUUAUUGAACAUUUCUUGUUAAAAUGUUAAAGUUUUAUUUUUGUAAGAAUUUUGAGAUGUGGAGUAAAAAUUAUUCUUGUAUCGUCAUCAUAAUUUCUAUGUCCAGUCAUGUAUUUAUACAUAUAUACUACAAGUAUUCACAGCGAAAACCUGGCCCCAAGUUCAUAAAACAUGGGGGGUUGGAUGGCUGAAUGGUUAGCGUGUGCGCGCUGUAUCAUAAAGUCUGUCAUUGAGUCGACUGCCGUGGUUUCGAAUCCCCGGUUGUACGUGACAAGGAGUAGGGUCGCCUGUCCAACCUCGUGGGUUUUCUCCGGGUCCCCCGGUUUCCUCCCACUGCUAAAGACCCCUAUGCGCAAGCGAAUUAUUGAAAUAAAAUUAAAAAAACAUAUGUUAGUCCCGAAAUGACCUAGUUUGUGUCGAGUGGACGUUAAACCCCAUUUCUCUCUCUCUCUCAUAAAACAUUCUCGGACUUAAACAUACAUUAUGGGAGAUUCAGAUAACGAGCUAGUCAUUCUUGCUACAAUAGUUCGAAAAUGACUUUAUUUCGAGCGAAGAUAUUAGCCUUUGAAGGUUUGACAAGGCGUGUGCAAUAAUUUCGACCACCGUACCGUUUGUUCGAAGCUAAGACUCGCUCCUCCAUUUUUAAAUUAAAUCAAAAUAUGGCUGAACUGUUCUAAUCUAUUUAAUAUCAGAGAAAUCUGAUGCCAUCGAGAGUUGAUUGUGGCCUGGAUCAGUUAAUUAAUGUCUAAUUAAUAAUUUAGAAAACAUUUCAGACCUAAAGAAAGACCUGCAAUAGGCAGAUUUAGCUCUUGCAUAAUGUAUUUUUAAGUUAAAGAAUUUACUCAAAAUGGUUCGCUUUAUGUUAACUAAAAUAUAGCCGUUAUUAAAACAUCUGUUGUUUUAAUGUAUCAAAUACAUCAAUAAGAAACAAUGUGCUAAGUUUUGUGUUUCUAGAUCAAAGAUAUUUCUCAUAAACAGUGAUUGAAAGUUGAGUUAAUUCUUGACUCUAAGUCUCGGGAUACUUUGUGAACUCGGGGCCAUACAUCUGUGUCGACUGUGGCUAUCAUUUUAGAAUUGGCUUAAUUUUAGGCGUACUUAGUUUUUCAAAGAAUUUUUCAAAGAUAACUGUUUUAUUUUUUCAAUUUUAUGAGAGGACCAGUUUCAUUACUAUCAUGCACUAGUAAGUUUUUGAGAAGUUGAUUCCUAAUUAAUUUAAGUUUGAAUUUAUAUUUUCUGUUUGUCCUCCCGUAAAUAAUUUCUUAAAGCUAUAUCCCUUCAAGCAUGAUCAGGUCAUCUAUUCGACCCACUGAACUUAUUUUGUUUGGAAGAAAAAUAUUUUUAAUGUCCAGGACAAAUUGCCUUAUUAAACCCAUCAGUACACUUUCACGAGGGGGUGGGGGUGAAUAAAACCAGAAUAAUAUACCGAAGUUAGUUUUUACAGACCGUAGCGGGGUUGGGUGGUUGAAGGUCUGUCAUUGAGUCAAGUGGAGUGGUUUCGAUUCCCUGCUUGUACGUGACAAGAAUGUCAAACCUUGUGGGUUUUCCGGCGUGGUUCCCCCUUGUCAGUGAUGCAGGACGGAGGGCCUGACAAGGACAGCUGUCUAGUCCUUCGGAUGAGACGAGAUACCGAGGUCCCGUGUAUAUAUUGGAAUGCAUGUAAAAGAUCCCCUGGGAGUUGGAAUUCGAUAUAAGAGUAGGCGAUAGUGCCGCUGCCCGGGCAAAAUUUCCCUCAUAGCACACUGUAUGGCGUAUGCCCGUCUUCAUUAGCCCAGGUUAGGAGCAGAACAGUAGGACGUUAAACCCCAUUUCAUUUCAUUUCAUUUUGUGGGUUUUCUCCAGGUUUUCCGGUUUCCUCCCACAGCUAUAGACCCCAACGCACAAGUGAAUUAUUGAAAUACAAUUGAACCUAUGUUAGUCGCGAAAUGACCUAGUUUGUGUCCUGUGAAAGUUAACCCUCUCUCUGUCUCUCUUUAAUGGGAGUUUUUUUUUCUAAUCUAUAAAUAUAGGUUAGGAUCUCGACUGAGGGGGAAAUAGAUUUUUAAGUAUCUUUUCAAAGAAGGUAAAUUAUUGAAUUUAAACUUAUUCUCGAUCAUUAAUAUCAAAUUAAAGUCUCUGAACAUCAUUUGAUACUUUCCGGUUAAUUCAAACGACGCAUGGAGGCUUUAAGUACUGGUAAACAUUUCAUUUAUCUGUAGGAUAUUUUGUUUUGUAGCUUAAUGAAUUGCAAUCUGAUUAAAACACAGAUCCUAUUUCGUUUCGUUUUUUAUAGUUCAAAAUUUCGUUUUAGGAUCUGGAAGAGUUGUUAUAUAACAGGCUUUCUAGUUGAUGUAAGGAAUAAGCUAAUGAAACGGUCUGUUACGGCGAGUUCUUGGCGUGCUCUGCGCGGAACUGUGGGUAAACCCCAAGAAAUGUCAACGCUGAUUGAUUAAUCAAUGUCUGACGCCAUGGGGUCAAAAGCCGCUCGUAUGACCCCUUACGCGACCUCCCAGUAUAACUAGUCAGAUCUGCAUGUACUGUAGGCCAUCGAAAGUAUAAAAAACGAAACAAAACAUAGAUCUGUAUUUUGCUCAGAUUGAAUGAAUUGAAAGUAGCAUGACUUGAAAAUGAUAUUUUCCUUCUAUAGUUCUGUUAUUAUGUUGAAUGUUAAAAUGACAUGAAUUUAUUGUUAAAAAUUUAAAUUAAUAACUUUACUGUUUAAACUAUAAACAUGGUUUUUCGUGUACACGACAAAAACA